GUUAUGGAAAAGCAAGAACAUGAAAGAGAAAUUACAGUGGAAGGCAAUCCGAAGCUGAUUGAGAAACUUGUUGUGUUUGGUUUAAUUUUCCUAUAAAGGAUUUUGACAUAUGCUUUUGUUUAUGAAUAAGGUGAAAAGACAUGCCAUCUAAAAACAGCCACCAGAGUGGGGCCUCAAACUCUCAUCCCCCACUCAAUAAUUUAAACCACCAUACUAAUCUCAUUGGACAGCAGUUUGCAUAUGUUACCUAACUCCAACAACUGUACACACAGCUAUCAUAUUAUCUCAUUUCUCCUUUCGCUGUUCAUACCACUGUUUGCUGCCUCCACAAAACCUUUAAUCACUCAUCACUGUACCUGGUUUUACUCAAUUUUUGACCUCUUUUUGUUUUGUCCUACUCCGUUAUACGUAUUGCUUCUAAUUUUUCCAUUUCCUAUCCUUAUAUUCCGGCUUCUGCGCAAACAAACACCCAAUUUGCCUGUCUAUAUUAUAAACAUUAAACAACUCGAAAGUUCCCACUUUUGAUUUGUUUUCCACAAGCCAACUGCUUUUUUCUUGUAAAGUGAAUCCUACCCUUUUCAGUUCCCUUUUAGCUCAUAUAUAUAUGCUUUGGUUAUUUGGAGAAAGAGAUUCAAGAAAAUGGCAGCUUUGAUAUCUUCUUCUUCUUCUUCUUCUUCUUCUUCUUCUUCCAGGCAAGAAAGUGAAGAAGAAAACAAGAAGAAUUAUGAGCCGUUGAUUCCUGGAUUGCCUGAUGAGAUAGCUGAGCUUUGUCUUCUUCACCUUCCCUAUCCAUAUCGACCAUUGGUUCGUUCUGUUUCUUCUUCAUGGAACAAAACCAUAACAGACCCUACCUUUGUUAUCUCCAAGAAAUCUCUUUCCCUUUCUUUACCUUAUCUUUUUGUUUUUGCCUUCCGGAGAUCAACGGCCCAUAUUCAGUGGCAAGCUCUUGACCCUCGAUCUGGCCGUUGGUUUGUCUUACCUCCUAUGCCUUGCCCAAAGUCUGUAUGUCCACCUGGGUUUUCAUGCACUUCUAUGCCACGUCAAGGUAAGCUCUUUGUUAUGGGCGGUAUGCGGUCUGAUACAGAAACUUCAAUGGACACCACAUUUGUUUACCGUACAUCAACUAAUCAAUGGUCCACAGCUUCUCCUAUGUUAACCCCUCGCUCAUUCUUCACUGUUGGUAAUGCUAAUGGCAAGAUCAUUGCCGUUGGCGGAAGCGGGCCAGGUAUUGGUGAUUCAAUCACAGCCGCAGAAUGUUAUGACCCUGAGAAUGACACCUGGACUCCCCUUGCUAAAAUGCGUACGGGCUUAUGUAGGUAUGAUUCUGCUGUGGUUGGCGACAGGAUGUACGUGACCGAAGGGUGGACGUGGCCUUUCAUGUUUUCACCAAGAGGUGGGGUCUACGACCUCAACAGCGAAACCUGGCAAGAUCUGAGUGAUGGGAUGAGGGAAGGAUGGACUGGAUUAAAUGUGGUUAUCGGUGACAGAUUGUUUGUGAUAUCAGAGCACGGUGACUGUCCGAUGAAGGUAUAUCUUCCUGAUCUUGACACGUGGUGUUAUGUUGGCGGGGAUAGAUUUCCCCGCGAGUCGAUGCAGAGACCUUUUGCUGUGAGUGGAGCCGAAGGGAAUAUAUAUGUGGUGUCAAGUGGGCUUAAUGUGGCAAUAGGGAGACUGUAUCAAAAUGACAGUAGCAAAAGAGAAUUUUGUGUGGAAUGGAAGCUUUUGGCUGCCCCUAAGGCUUUUUCUGACUUUUCCCCUUCAAAUUGUCAGGUUCUUUAUGCCUAAUUUUCUCCUUUUUUUUCUUUUUUUAGUUAUAGAUAAACCCGGAGCGCCCAUAAAAUUUUAUUCAAAUUGAGAUAUAUAUUUAUUAAUGUAA